AAUUCAUGAAAUUCAGAUUUAUUUAAGAAAAACGAUAAUUUACUUACCUAAUUAAAGCAAAAACAUGCAGCAUUUUUAUUCAUGCAAGUGAAGAACAUGAUAAUUGAAGAAGAGAGUGAAGAAGGCAACACCAACAACAACAAAGAGAAGGCGAAGCAAACUAAGAUGAUAACAUCGUGGCUGCCGUUGUUGUGCCGAGCGAGCAACGGCAAUGACGUGCCGGUGUUGAGCAUAUGCGAAAGAGCCGAGCUCGAGAAAGUAUUGGAAGACGCCAUCGAGAUGCUGGAAGGAGAGGAACAAGAGAGAGUGCUUUCGCUUUGGCUUCACCAUUUCACGUAUUGCCCCUUCUCUAAUUGGCCCGACCUGCGUCCGUCGUACGCUCGGUGGUGCACCACUUCUCGCAAGCUCUUUUCCCUCCCUUGAUUUCUUUUUUUUAUUAUUUUAAUUUCGUGUGUAUAAUUGUAAUCGAAUAAGGUCUAC